GCUCAGCGCAGAUUUCAUAACAUGCUGAUGGGCUACUCACAGCGUAAAUAGACGCCUCCAGCUCACCGUAGAUCAUUUGAAUAACGGCUGCUCGUGCCACUGUUGUGAAACAACCCAACAACCCUCACUGACUGCAGACAUGGCCGACCAGACGCCGAAGGAGUCCGGUGCUCGCGUUGCGACCAGGAUAGACCCGAUGAAAGAUGGUCUUUCUCGUGAACAGAUGCAUUUCAUCCGGCAGGUAGAGCUCGAACAGUGGAAGAAGAAAACCCAGAAGCUGCGGACACGAAACGUUGUGACGGGCCUCGCCAUUGGAGCAAUCGUUAUGGGAAUUUACGGCUACACAUUUUACUCCGUCUCCCAGGAGAAGAUCAUGGAUGAAAUUGAUGAAGAGGCCAAGCGUGCAAGACUGCAGGGACCAAAGACCGGUGCCAACUGAGACACAUGUGUCGCCCUGUUUUUAGACUGCGUGUCUGUCCUGCGCUUAACUGUCUGAGAAGGGACUUACGUGGACACUGAUUCCACUGAUUUAUAUUCAAUGGCAGGCCACUGUUUUUUUCAUGUUGAGAAAGCGGUGGACUUUGUAUUGUCUUGAUUGUGAAGGUUAAUUGUGAGGUUCUGCUGCUGACUUAUAACUAGACGUGUCUUGAUUUUGAUUAAGUUUGCCUGUCAGUGGAAAGGACUAAUCCACUGACCUUCCAUGCUACCCAGAAGGCCAGACUGUAGAGUAAUUACAACCCUUACCUAACAGGUUUUCAGGCCUGAUCAAGUGAUGUUCAAGGGACAUGUACUAAAUUUCAAUCAGCUAAUGAUGUUGAAUCUACAGUGGCCUUUAACAGCAAAGAAAUGCCAGUGACACUGCUGAAAUGAAACACGGAUUAACCUGUUGAAACAUAUUUAUGUCAAAAAAGUGAUAAUUUGUAAAAUAAAAAUCUAAUGUAUUUGAUUUUUUUUAAACAAUCAUGUCUGUGGAACUAUUUAUGCAUGAUACAAAGACAGUAGUAAAGAUGACAUAAAAGCCG